CGUGUAUGAAAUCUCAUGAUAUAUACGUCGUACAGCCAUAAACUCUUAAAUCUCAAUUAGAUACUCAAAUCCUAAGUGGCCAACUCUCUUAUCUGUCUGUAAUCUGUACGUGAAGUCAGUUUCUCUGUUUAGAAUAUAUAGUUAUACACAUGCAACAGAGAGGUCAUCAGUCCACACACACAUUCUCUCCUUACCAAAUUGGAUUCCAUAUUCAUUCACUUAGGUUCUCUCUCUCACCCUCUUUCUCUGACUCUUCUCUAUAUAAAACCAUGAAUUGAAGAAGAAGAAAUCAGAAUGAAAAGGGUUGAUCACUAGUUUAUAUGUGUGUGUAUUUCUCUUACUAUAUGUAUAAAACUAUCUUACCAAAGAUGCAGCUAGAAGAGCUCUUUUGAGUAGUUGUGUUGAUUCAUUUUACUCUUUUGCUCUUCCUUGGUCUUUCUUUUCUUACCAAAAUCCAUCUUGGGUCACCUUUGAACCCAACUCCACAACAUAAUCAUCAACACCAAGAAUUAUCUCUGUUUCUUUCUAGCGCUGCUAUAUCAAAGUAAAUAAAUAAAAAUGAUUACAGGAAAAGAUAUCUAUAAUGUCUUGGCAGCCAUUGUCCCAUUAUAUGUAGCUAUGUUCUUAGCAUAUGGUUCAGUAAGAUGGUGGAAAAUCUUCACGCCAGAUCAGUGUUCCGGAAUCAAUCGUUUUGUAGCAGUUUUCGCGGUACCUCUUCUUUCGUUUCAUUUCAUUUCAUCCAAUGAUCCUUACAAGAUGAACUACCGUUUUAUCGCAGCCGACUCUUUGCAGAAAGUAAUUGUUUUAACUUCUCUUUUUCUAUGGAAUUGUUUUGCAAAGAAUGGAAAUUUAGAAUGGAUGAUUACUUUGUUUUCUCUCUCGACGUUGCCAAACACUCUUGUCAUGGGUAUACCUCUUCUUGAAGCUAUGUAUAUUGGCAGUGAAUCAGGAACUUUAAUGGUUCAAAUUGUUGUUUUACAAAGUGUUGUUUGGUAUACUUUGAUGCUGUUUAUGUUUGAAUAUAGAGGAGCUAAAUUGUUAAUCAGUGAACAGUUCCCAGAAACAGCUGGAUCAAUUACUUCAUUUAGGGUUGAUUCAGAUGUUGUGUCCUUAAAUGGAAGAGAGCCAUUGCAAGCUGAUGCUGAGAUUGGUGAUGAUGGAAAAUUACACGUUGUAGUUAGACGUUCGACGUCAUCACGUUCGAUGAUUUCUUCGUAUCAUAAAUCUCACGGGUUAAAUUCUGUUACUUCAAUGACACCAAGAGCAUCAAACUUAACAGGAGUCGAGAUUUAUUCCAUUCAAUCUUCAAGAGAGCCAACACCAAGAGCUUCAAGUUUUAACCAGAACGAUUUUUAUGCAAUGUUUAAUUCUAGUAAAAUGGCUAGUCCAAAACAUGGGUAUACAAAUAAUUACCAAGGCAGUGGUAAUGGUGGCGAUGUAUAUUCGUUACAAUCAUCGAAAGGACCAACACCAAGAUCUUCAAACUAUGAUGAAGAACUAAAAUAUGGAAAUAGUGUGAAUAGCAAUAAUACUAAGAAGAUGCUUGGAGGAAGAAGCAUGAGUGGAGAGCUGUUGCAUAAUGGUGGACUAAGUUCUUCAUAUCCACCACCAAAUCCAAUGUUUUCGGGUUCGACUAGUGGUGCUACUGGUGGUAAGAUGAUGAAGAAAGAUGGUAACAAUAAAGAACUUCAUAUGUUUGUUUGGAGUUCAAGUGCUUCUCCUGUUUCAGAAGGCAAUUUAAGACAAGCUGUUAAUAACAAAGCUGCUGCUUCUGAUUUUGGUGUUGUUAAUUCUUCUAAAGUUGUUCUUCAACAAGAAAUUGCCGCUUCAAGAGGAAAGCAUGAUUUUGGUGAAAGUGGAAAAGAAGCUUCAAAAAUGGGUGGAGAACAUCCAAAACAAGUGGAUUUAGAAAAUAAUAGCCCAAAGUUUCCCGUAAAUGGUUCACCAUUUUUGACACAGAAGAAAUUAGAAAUGGAUGACCAAGAUCACAAGAAAAUGAUGGGUACUCACAGAAUGCCUCCAGCAAGUGUCAUGACCAGACUUAUUUUGAUCAUGGUCUGGAGGAAGCUUAUUAGAAACCCUAACACUUACUCUAGUCUUCUUGGUGUUAUUUGGUCACUUGUUUCUUACAGGUGGGAAAUCCAAAUGCCUACGAUUGUCAGAGGAUCGAUAUCCAUAUUAUCAGAUGCAGGACUUGGAAUGGCUAUGUUUAGUCUGGGUUUAUUCAUGGCAUUACAACCAAAAAUCAUAGCUUGUGGUAAACGAGUUGCGACUUUUGCAAUGGCGGUUAGAUUUUUAACCGGCCCAGCAGUAAUUGCAGCAACUGGAAUUGCAGUGGGUCUCCGAGGAACUCUUUUACAUAUAGCCAUCGUUCAGGCAGCCCUUCCUCAAGGAAUUGUACCUUUUGUGUUUGCCAAAGAGUAUAAUGUUCAUCCGGAUAUUCUUAGUACUGGGGUAAUCUUUGGAAUGCUAAUUGCAUUGCCAAUUACUGUGGGCUAUUAUGUUCUUCUUGGAGUUUAGAGCAAAUGCAAAUAUAAAGGGAAGAAAAGAAGACAAGAAGAGAAAUAUUUUACUACGAUUACAUUUCAUGCAAGACUCAUGGAAGAUGAAGAAAGGAUCUUUAAAUACAUCAAUGGGGUUCAGUGUAUAACUUAGGAUAUUCAAUUAUAUGCUUUCUUUGCAUGUGACACCAUUGAAUUCAUCAAGAGAGAAAAAAAAAUGCUCAGUUAUCUUUUAUAUUUAAUUAUUCUUUUCACAGAAUUAUUACUUAGUUAUUAGAUUAGUGUUUUUUAGGUUAAUACAGUACUUAAUAGUAAAAAACGCAAUGCUUGGGAAAGGAAGAAACCAAAGGUACUUUAGUUUACUUGUGAU